AUGAUAGUUUGGGUCCAUCUGCCUGAGCUCAAAAUCCAUUUUUACCACAAGGAGGUUCUAACUAGCCUGGGAAACCUGAUCGGACGCACGAUCAAGCUAGAUUACCACACCCUUACUCAACAAAGGGCUAAGUUUGCCCGUCUCGCUGUAGAAGUGGAUAUCUCGAAGCCCCUUGUCCCAAGAAUUUGGCUAGACGAUGAUUGGCAGCCGGUUGAAUAUGAGAACCUACCCGUCGUUUGUUUCGAAUGCGGAAAAAUCGAUCAUGCCUCUACUGCUUGCCCCCUGCUCCGACCUGCGGCGGUCCCGGUUUUAGCCAAGUCCGCCGGCGGGGAUAAGCAAGACCUCUCGCCGGAGGGAACGUCGAAGACCAAUGCGGGUUUCGGGCCGUGGAUGCUGGUCUCGCGUAAAGGACGGAGGAAUCAGCGGGAGACGGUUAACAAAGGAAAGCAAAGAGAUUCGGGGGCCACAAUUCAGGCGAUCUUCCCCAAAAAUGGAAAGAAUGGAUUGAAAAGUAAAGAGCCAAGAGAUUCCUUACCACUUCUGGACCAACAGAGCUCGCCUCCUCCCCAACGGUCUUCGGGUCAAGAAAGGAAAGGGAAUGGAGAAAGUCAACAUGGGAUGGAGAAAAGGAACGGUAAAGGGAUUGUGAGGGAGGAGGAGACACCAACAGGAAAUGGAUUCCUUGGACCAGGCCCAUCGGUGGGUCUUGUAACUAAAAAAGGGCCCAAGCCCAAGUCGGAUGCUCUGAAGGCAUCCACAUCAUUUAUUCAUCCUGAAUCCCCCGUGAGUCCAACUGGCGGGCCUAGCAGAGAUAAUACAGCUGGGCCGCAGGCCCAAGGUGCCAAACACCCCACCUCCUUCACCCCUCCCCUAACUUUGGUGACCACGGGCCCAAAUGGGACAGUGAUGGAAGUGGUGCAAGUCCCACCGCUUAAUGGAGCGCCUCCCCAUCGGGCAGACCAGGUCUCUCCAUCGACGGCGAGCAGAAUGAAGGAAAGGAAGAAUUCCAAGGGGCGAAUGAAGAAAGGGUCUCCUGCAAAGCUCCACCCUAUCCGUUCGCUGCAGCUCUGGUCGCCGAUGAAAGAGAAGAAGUCCAAACCAAGGACCCGGAUGGCCUCGCUCACUCUUCAGGAGAUCUCUGCCUGGACGGAGGCGGCUAAUCUUCCUACAAGAACCCCGGCGGUGAAGGAGCCUGUAGACGCCUCGUUCCUGGAGAUGAGCCACCGAGAACCUGCUGGAGAGCCAUCUCUCCCAAAGGUCUAA